AGUUUUAAAGUUGGUCCCUGUUUUGGAGUGAAAGCGUUUUCCAGUAGCUUCGUGGCUGCGCUUCAAAAGGCUACCCUACCAGACAACGACAAAACGCAAGGGUGAUGACUAUAACCUUGGUGAUCUUGAGAUGGAGGAUUUAGCUUUAGUGGACCUGCUGGAGUGCCCACUGUGCUCAGAAAAACUUGGUGUGUCGGCCAAAGUGUUGCCAUGCCAACACACCUUCUGCCUGCCCUGUCUUCAGAAGAUGGUCUAUGGCAAGGCAGAGCUGCGGUGCCCUGAGUGCAGGACCCCAGUCACAUGCGAAGUCGAGGAGCUGCCUGCUAAUCUGCUCCUGGUUCGGCUUCUGGAUGGUAUAAGACAAGGCCCUGGUGGGAUGUCGAAAUCAAACACUGUUCGGAGACCAGAGGUCUUCUUGAUGCAGGACCCCUCUAGAAAAAGACCCGGGGAGCCAAGGAAUUCACAAGCACUGCAGCACAGACAUCUGCAGAAUACCAGGAGCUCACUGGAUGGGGUGCCGUGUGCCAGGGCGUUGUGUAACUAUGGAGGGAACCUCCCCGGGGACCUGAAGUUCAAAGCAGGAGAUCUCAUCAUCCUCAGGCGGCAAGUGGAUGGAGGCUGGUAUCAGGGAGACAUCAAGGGUGUGAGCGGACUGUUCCCCGCUAGCUUUGUUCAAGUUAUAAACCAGCUUCCCCAGCCUCUUCCCCUCUGUAGAGCUCUUUAUAAUUUUGAGAUGAAGGAGAAAGACAAGGAUGAGAACAAAGACUGCCUGACAUUCCGAAAGGACGACAUCAUAACACUGAUAAGACGUGUUGAUGAGAACUGGGCCGAAGGCAAGCUGGGAGAUAAAGUUGGAAUAUUUCCUGUCCUGUUUUCAGAGCCUAAUUCCGCCGCUAUGAAGAUACUUCAGAAAGGCAAAGCGAACGGCUGUCGGAGCAUCUCAGGGAACAACUCCUCCACCUAUCUGAGCAGCUGCAGGAGUAUCGACACCUGCAGGAGAAGCCUCAAGCAGCCCUCCAUGACCAGCACCCUGAACCGGCUCAACAGAAGGACCCAAUCCCCUGGGUCUGAGCGCCAGGCCCCAGAGAUCAGCGCUCCAGUUCUCAUCGGCUCCAGUAACCCCGCUCUGGUGGCCCAGUUCAGCGAGCGGAGCAGGGAGGGAUCAGCAGGCUUCUCUUCUCAGGUACCUGCCGCUCCUGUGGAGAGAGGAGUAGCCCUCGAACCCUCUCCUUCCCCUGCUGUGGAACCUACAAACUUAAAAACCAUGACCAGCAAUGGAGAUAGAUCGCUCUCCAGACAAGUGUCUAUCACCGUCUGUGCUGCCUUGUACCCAUACACCCCGCGGCGGGUAGAGGAGCUGGGGCUACAGAAGGGGGAGAUGGUUGGUGUUUAUGGGAAGUACCAGGAAGGAUGGCUGAGGGGCCUGUCACUGCGAACAGGCAAAGUGGGCAUCCUGCCAGGCAACUAUGUCACCCCAGUGCUCAGAACGUCUGCUACAGUCUCAGAGCGUAAGCCAGCUGUGCUUACUACGAGUCAGACUGGAAAGAGGUCACGAAUUGUUAAACCGCAAGCAGCAGUCGUUCCCCUUGACAGAAAUUCUUCAGAUGGGACAACAAGGCCAGCCGUGCAGGUACGCUCCGUUGCCAUGCCAACCCCUGUGACAUCAGUGGGCCUGGUGAGAGCAGCAGCCCAGCCAGCCAGCACUGUGGGGAGAGGCACAGGCAGGAGUGUCUUCAGCACUCUACAGAGGGGGUCUUCAAUUCCGGUUAUUGGUACAUUCCGUCCCUCUCCCUCUGUUUUGGUUCGACCCCAGCAGCCCCACCCUCAACCUUCUACAAUGGCACCUGUUGCCACGGUGAUGAGACAAAACCACCCUGUAAAAACUACCCAGCGCAGGGUUUCUGAAGCAACAUUACCCUCUGCUGGUAGCUCAGCAACAUUGAAUACCAGAGAUGUUGCUGUAACUGGAACACUUACAAAACAAAUAACCCCUCAGUCCAUACUGGUUAAACCAGACUCCUACAAAAACAGUUCAGAAAAGCAGGUCAAAACAGUCCGCUUCCAGACUCAGGACUCCCUGCCCCAGCUGAAAAGGAGCAAUUCCCAGCCGACUGCACAAAUCACCCUAACAAGAGCGGAGCAGACGAGCACUGAGGCUGCCACACAGGAAUCAAAUAGCAGCCAGGGGACCACCGUCUACCACACCGUGGGUACAGAGAGCAAAAUACCACAGCACAACAAGACAGACUCUCUGGAUCUCUCAACUCCAGACAUGCCUGCCCAUAUUCAUCAAAGCUCCAUCAAAAAGCAAGAUUUAACACAGCCACCACCAACUGGAAGGUACAGGGUGUUGAUUUCCUGUGCAGCACAAAGAGAAGGAGAGCUGGAUCUGAAGGAAGGAGACCUGGUCCUGGUACAGAGGACACGCCAGGAUGGCUGGCUCCAGGGAAUCCACGAACGGACCGGGAAAACUGGACUUCUCCAGUACAAAUUUCUGGAGCUUCUUGAAAAACAGAGCUAGCUGACUGCCACUUUUUGACACUGUAAAGAAAGGCUGCCAAAAAGAUGUAACAUAUAUUGCAUGUUUCUUUUAAAGGGAAGUUGUGUUGUUUGUCAAAAUCUUGACCACAAUUCAAAUGUAUACGCUUUGAGAAAGUCUUAUCGAAGCACUGAAUUAUUAUUGUUUUGUCUUGCUCUAAUACGACUAUUAUUAAUUUAAAAGGUAGGAAUGUGUACUGCGUA